CAGUUUGAGUUUUGUCGUCGAUCGUUGAUCGUCUAAAAAUAAAAUCCACGCAUUGUGUUCGCGCAGACAAAAAAGUUGAAAGUUAUUUUUCCUUAUUUUUCUUCAUUUUUAAUAUAAAAAUCGUGCAAUAAAAAACAGUGAAUUGGUUUUAAGUUAAACAAGUCCAAGUUUAAAAAAAAAACAACUCAAUUUUGAUUGUUUCCAAUGUAGCCUAAUCGAGUUUAAACACACAAACAAAUUUUAAGUUGUUUCGUGUUAAAAUAAAAUUUUAUUUCAUACUUUUUAUGUGAAAAAUUCCUGAGUUUUUUUUAUAUAAAAAACUAUAAAUUUCUUCUUCAUUAACAAAAAAUACAAAAAAAAAGCUAAAAAUAUUAUUUGUUUUGUGGUGAAAACAGGUCACGAGUUUUGAGUUAAUUUCCGAAUUUCAAUGGGGUGACUUGUGCAACUAUCUUUCCUGAGCCCGGGAUCAAAAGGGAAAUCUUGACAGAUAACCAACUUUACAGAGGAAAAAACACUAAGGAACAGUUUCAACUACCAAAAAGAAAUAAAAGGCAUCAUAUUUUUUGAAUCUCUAUCUAUCAUCAUCUGGCAAAAAUCUUCACAUAAAUUAAAGUCACAUUUCUUUAUCAAACUUUGAUAAAAAACACAUCUUUCCACAAAAUUUAUUUUUUGAAACUAUCACCAAACCACAAAAAAGGAUCUGUCAUUAAAGAUAUUUCAUUUAAAUAAUACGGGCUUUAGGAUUAAUCCUUUAACCUGAUCACACUCAAUUAACAAAUUAAACCCUCCUCCGAUGACCAACAAGGUCGUUUUGCCAAACAACUUGGCAUUGGUAACACCAACGGUCAGAGCUGAUAUCAACGUUAUCUACCCACAAUUUGCAUUGGCAGCAACAUCCUGCCUUCAGCUUAAACAAGGACACUCAUACGCCGUCCGAGCUGAUUUAAAUUACCCGUGAAGUGGUAUAAGCCCUAGUUAACAAAAACAAAAAUAAUUCAGUAGAAGAUCAUCCAGUAUAAACGAUUUGUUAAAAAAAAGAGGCUUUGCAAGAAAAGCCCUCCGCCACCUUUAGUCCUUUGGUUAUCAUCUUUUUAUUUAAAACGGCUGAGACAAUGUUAAAAGUAGUCGGUGCAUCGUGGCAGAAAACACGGAUAGGGACUUACAUCCUUAUCGGUGCUGGUCUCUUAGUUAUUGCUGCUUUUUUCGUUGCCGAAAUGGAUCGUCCUGAAUAUGAUGGUACUUAUUGUGCGACAGCAUUGUGGACGGAAAAGGUUGGCUUCCAAAUCGAAUACUGGAAGCAGCAAAAUGAUCUCGUUAACAUUCCAAAAGGUGCCGCAAGGAUAUGCUAUAAGGAUUCGAUUUAUCAAAAUGGAUGGGCACAGCUUGAAAUCGAGACCCAACGUUCAUAUCCUGAUUGGGUGCAGGCCUAUGGUGCUGGGAUCCUUGAAGGAUCCUUAACGUGGAAUAAUAUCUACAAUCAAUGGUUAAAUACCAUUGGUUCAGCUUGUGAUAAGGAUGAAAAUGCUCAGAACUUUUGUACCUGGCUCAGAGAUACACUCUCUGCAAACUAUUUGGCUACUAAAAAACGAGCUUUAGCUCGGGCAGAUCAUGAUCAGUAUUGGCAUCAAAUUGCUCUUUAUUUCUAUCAACUCGAAGGUCUCGAGACCGGUUAUAUUCGUGGAGCGACUCGAGCUCGUUCCGAUUUGGAAGAAGAAAUUCCGUUUGUAGAUUUUCUUCUAAUGAAUUCCGCCGCUGAUAUUCAAGAUUUGAAGAUUUACUAUGAAAACUAUGUUUUAAAAGAAAGCAGUGGAAGUCAAUCGGAGAAGAAUUUCUUCCUUCCAAGUGCAACAAUGUUUACGAAAAUCUUCCAAACUGAAGCAUCUUCUGGAUGGCAACUUCUUUUCGGUCACAGUUCAGCAGGAAGUUACUCAUCGAUGUUGAGAAUACAGAAAAGAUAUAAAUUCCGUUAUCACUUUUCUCCAGAUCAACGCUCGAAUUCGGUUCCAGGAGUGGAUAUAAGUUUUACUGGUUAUCCGGGAAUUUUAGGUUCCACAGAUGAUUUUUAUAUCGUUAAGGGACGUCAAGUGCAAUCUAUAGUCGCUGGAGUGACAAUGAGGAAUGAGAAUCUUGAGUUGUGGAAGAAUAUUGAUGUGGCUGAUGCAAUUCCACUGACAGCUCGGGUUAUGGCGGCUAAUCGAAUAGCUCAGAGUCGUCGAUCUUGGGCGAAGGCAAUGUCACGUCAUCCUUUUACAGGAAACAAGCAGUGGGUUUCAGUGGAUCUGAAUAAACUGAACGGUCUUGAUGGUUCUCAACAUUCCGUCGAUGAGGAGAGUGUGCCUGAAGUCUCAGCAAAUGGUCUUGUUUGGAUUGUGGAACAACUUCCGGGACGCUUGCAUGUGGAAGAUGUCAGUAAUAACUUCCUGAGUGGCAACACUACUUGGGUCGCCAAUGGAGUUCCGUAUUUUGAUGAAAUUCUCGAAGCUAGUCGAGUGCCUGCCGAAAACUUUAGCAUGGAUUUGCCAGAGGGUGAUGAUCUAACAACCCUUGAGUCGGUAGAUAAAUACCUUCGAUUGAAUGGAUUCCGUGGAGAUCUUUUGGGUGAUGAGUCGGUACCCUAUGGCAAUAUUGACAUCAAGCUAUUUGCUUUCAACUCAGAAAUUGGAGUGAGUGAUUACCAUGCAUUUGCUGGACCGAUUUUUAUGAGAUUCCAUCACAAUCAGGAUGAUGCUUUAACAUCAGAGUCGCAUGUUGUUGUUGAUUUGACAACUGAGCUGGAAGUCAUCACUGAUAGACGGCCAGUGAGGAACGAUAUGCGGGCGAUAGCAAUGAGGCAAGGUAGUGGACCGUUUAAAUGGUCAACAGUUGCAGAGCGUAUUCCAGGAGUUGAGCAUGAAGGACAUCCGGAUGUUUGGGAUUUUGAUCAUGUGUCACCAAAGUGGGCGUGGUAGAAACAGAGAGAAUGAAUGAAAAUUUGAAAAAAAAUUAGAAUGAAUGCGUUCAGUGUGCGUACUUAGAAAAAUUUUGUAUAGAAAAACCGUUGUAAAACUGAUGUCGUAUAGUAUUUUUUUUUUUUUUUUGUAAUUUCGAAAACUAAAAGAAUAUUGUUGUAAUUUUGAAUUUUUGUUUGCAUUUGUUUAUAUAAAUAGCUUUUUUUUUGUUG